AUGUUAAGCCGAGGUCAAAAACUGUUUUAUGGCCCCAAGAAAUCCCUGAAAGUUGAAAUUCAAAGUUUGAAAGAAUUUUGCAUGGAACCGUUAAAUCGUCUUACUGGUGGGCGUGGCAUGUCGAAUGGAACUGCUAACAAACUGAUAGAAAG